CGAGAACAAAGUUCUCCCACAGAUGACGCAGUGAACGCAGAAUCUGAGAGUCAGUCCACACAGAACUCGCAGAGCAGUGCUUCUGCUGUCAAUUAUGACCAAGUUCUUGCGUCUCUAGAUGAAUCCCUCAUUGAGACGGAGGAAAAUGUUUUUAAAAUGCCCCCCAAAAGAAAGAGAUCUAAAAGGACUAAAAAGAGCGAUAAUUUAACAGAUCUUAGCGGCACAGAUAACGAAUACGAAAGUGAUUUCUCUGACUGUAGCGUUACCUGUAGCUUACGUCAUAGUGGGUUUGCUAGUUGCGAUUAUAGUGUGGAAGACAUAAAAUCCUUCUUGACAAAAACAAAACAUAUGAGAAAUGUUCGGAUUGACGACUACUUCCCUGAUGUGGAGCAGUUCACCACGAAAACGAAAUCUUUUUUGGGAACCUUAAGAUGGCCGCCACGAUCAUCCCAUCUCAGUGCUGAGUCUGACCACAGGAGGAGCGAAGACAAGAGGAGAGGAGAGGAGAGCAUCGCCGCCUCGGGGCCCGACACCUCCGGGGCCUCCAUGACGUGAGUGGAGUUCCGUCUGUUUCCAUGGAGAUAAGCGUCUGACACCAUGGGCUUCAGCCAGGCACUGUGGACCCGCGUCUCUUUCCUGCUCUGGAUCUAGCUGUCACCCGGACCAACAGGGGGGGAUAAACAGCAAAGGCGGAGAGGAGGAGGAGGAGGAGGAGGAGGAAGAGGAGGAGGAGGAUACGUCGGAGAGAGUAAGAGGAGGCAGAGAAGAAGACAGAAGAAAGAAGAGGAGGAAAACCUUCAUCGCAAUAGGAUUUAAUACCUCACCUUACGCUGGGAAUAUCCUUUUGCGCUUUUUUUUUUUUUUAAUCCGAAUAAUCAGACCGGGAAUACUGGGAUCGGGUGGGAGUGCCACCUGGGAGCGCCUGGCACCAUGAGGGUGUGGGUGCCCUCAGCCUGCCUGUGCCCGGUCCUGCUGUGCCUCUGCAUGCUGGAGCGCUGCUGUGGCAGCGGGCACCACCUGGUGACUCGACUGCCUGGCCGAAACCACUCGCUGCCGCACAGCGGCGGGCACAGUGGUGGAGGUGGGCAUGGAGGCGGGCAUGGAGGCGGGCAUGGAGGCGGGUCACACCAGAACCCCCACCAGCAGCAGAACCAGAGCCGCGAUGGCAACGACACAGAGGUACACCACCGGCCAAAGCGCGGCUGGAUCUGGAACCAGUUCUUCGUGCUGGAGGAACACUUUGGGCCGGACCCGCAGUAUGUGGGCAAGCUCCACUCGAACUCGGACAAAGGGGACGGCUCAGUGCGCUACAUCCUGAGCGGCGAGGGGGCAGGCACCAUCUUCAUCAUCGACGAGUCAACGGGCGACAUCCACGCCACCAAGAGCCUGGACCGCGAACGGAAGACCCACUACGUGCUGCACGCACAGGCCAUCAACCGACACACCAACAAGCCCCUGGAGCCGGAGUCGGAGUUCAUCAUCAAGGUGCAGGACAUCAACGACAAUGCACCAAAGUUCCCCGACGGACCCUUCACCACGUCUGUAGCCGAGAUGUCUGAAGUUGGCACGUCAGUGUUCCAGGUGACGGCGACGGACGCGGAUGACCCCACCUAUGGCAACAGCGCCCGUGUGGUCUACAGCAUCCUCCAGGGCCAGCCCUACUUCUCUGUGGACCCCAUGACAGGUAUCAUUCGUACAGCGUUGGCGAGCAUGGACCGUGAGGCGCGGGAGCACUAUGCAGUGGUGAUCCAGGCCAAAGACAUGGCAGGACAAGUGGGAGGCCUCUCAGGGUCCACCACCAUCAACAUCACCCUUACCGACGUCAACGACAACCCACCCAAGUUCCCUCAGAAGAACUACCAGCUCUACGUGCCUGAGUCAGCGGAGGUGGGGAAACCCGUGGGGAAGAUCGCGGCGCACGACGCGGACCUGGGAGCCAACGCCGAGAUCAAGUACAGCAUCCUCAACACCGAGGCCGCAUCCAUCUUCUCCAUCGCCACCAGCAGGGAUGGACGAGAGGGCAUCAUAAGCCUCAGAAAGCCACUGAACUACGAGAAGAAGAAGACGUACACGUUACACAUCGAAGGAGUGAACACACACCUGGAUCCGCGUUUCUCCUACCUGGGCCCGUUCAAGGACACGGCCACGCUCAAGAUCACGGUGGGGGAUGUAGACGAGGCUCCCGUCUUCUCCAUGGAUUAUUACAUCAUGGACGUGUACGAGAACGCCCCCAUCGGCACCGCAGUGGGUUCCGUCACAGCCCGAGACCCUGACAGCAAGAACAGCCGCAUCAGGUAUUUCAUGGAGCCCAGUCUGAAUGAGGAUGCCAGUUUCAUCAUAGAGCCGGACACCGGCCUCAUCCGCACCACGUACAUCCUGGACCGAGAGGACACACCCCUGCACAACAUCACCGUGUCCGCCGUUGAAAUCGAUAACCCCUCCAUGGUGAGCCAUGUGCCUGUCACUGUCCAAGUGCUGGACAUGAACGACAACCCCCCUGAGGUUAAGACAGAUGAGGACAUCAUUGUGUGUGAAAACACACGGCCAGGACAGGUGAUCCAGACGGUGACGGCGGUGGAUAAGGAUGACUUUGCUAAUGGGCAACGCUUCUCCUUCUCUCUCCCCAUCGGAAUCCCAAUCAAUCCCAACUUCACCCUCAAGGACAAUGAGGACAGCACUGCCAACAUCAUCGCCCGGCGGCGGCGCUUCAACCGGCUGACGCAGGAGCUGUACACGCUGCCCAUCGUGGUGUGGGAUGGCGGCGAGCCGUCGCUGACCGGCACCAGCACGCUGACUCUGCGGGUGUGUCCGUGCCAGCGUGGCACGCGCGCCAAGGUGUGCCAGAGUGAGGCGUUCCUAUCCUCUGCCGGUCUCAGCACGGGCGCACUCAUCGCCAUCCUGCUGUGUGUGCUCAUCCUGCUCGCGAUCGUGAUCCUGUUUAUCACGCUGCGGCGCAGCAAGAAGGAGCCGCUAAUCAUCUCCGAGGAGGACGUGCGCGAGAACGUGGUGACGUACGACGACGAGGGCGGCGGCGAGGAGGACACGGAAGCCUUCGACAUCAGCGCCCUCCGCAACCCGGCCGCCGCCGAGGAGCUCAAGUUCCGCCGCGACGUCCGGCCUGACGGCUCCCGGACCUCUCACUGCGGCGGUGCCAUGGCAGCCGCCUGCGCCGGUCCCGGCCCGUCCCUCUUCCACGCCCACCGUCGUCUCCAUGGCCGCACAAGCCCCGCCUCCUUGGACACAGAGGCCGAGCUGGACAUCCGCGACUUCAUCCGCCAGCGGCUAACGGAGGCCGACCAGGACAUGAGCGGCCCGCCGUACGACUCGCUGCAGACCUACGCCUUCGAGGGCCAGGGCUCGCCCACCGGCUCCAUUAGCCCGCUGGGUUCGGCCGGCACCCAGUCCGAACUGGACUACACCUUCCUGGACGACUGGGGCCCAGAGUUCCAGAAGCUGGCCGAACUCUACGGCGAGGAGGUCGAGAAGGAGUCGGCGGCGAGCGACCCCACAGAGUAGCCCUAACGACCCGUGGACCAGCGCGGUUCAGCCUGGCUCGGGUCCAUUUUGGCCCUCGCCGCGGCGCGUGGGAUAAAAUCGAACACGUGGACAAAAUCGAACAAAAACAAACAAAAAAAAAACUGAAAACUGAAAUCACAAAUACACUCCUCUAAUCUCCAUCUCUAUCUCUCUCACCUACUGACUCUUGUUGAGGAAGCUGCAUCUGCCCCCUG